AUGGGCCGUCAAUUGAAGCAUCAUGAAAAGAAGUUGCUGAAAAAAGUCGAUUUUCUCGACUGGAACGAAGAUCAGGGACACCGUGAUGCCCAGGUAAUGCGGAUGUACCAUGUGCAAAACAGAGGCGACUACCAAAAGUAUAACAAAGUCUGCGGAAACAUUCGUCAGUUGGCACACAAGCUGGCCCAACUACCUCCUCAGGACCCCGUUAGAUUGCGGCACGAAGAGAUGCUGCUAGAAAAACUCGCACAGAUGGGUAUUUUCGGUAUCAAGCGUCCCAAAGUGUCCGAUCUGGAGAAGAUUUCUGUGGCCGCUUUCUGCAGACGAAGACUGCCGGUGGUGAUGGCCCGUCUGCACAUGGUGCCUAACGUCCAGGACGCCACCAAAAUGGUCGAACAGGGCCAUGUCCGUAUCGGCCCGCAGCUUGUCACCGAUCCGGCCCUGCUGGUUACCACAGACAUGGAAGACUUUUUGACGUGGGUCGAUGGAUCUAAAAUCAAACGCAAAAUCGCCGAAUAUCACAAUAAGGUCGACGACUACGAACUGGCAUAG